CUGUCCAUGGAGGACACAACCUCUAUCCUCCCUCGGUUGAAGAAGAGAAACUCCAAUGCCUAUGGAAUCGGUGCUUUGGCUAAGUCCUCUCUGACAGGUGUGUCAGGAGUGUCUCGGUCUAUGAAGGACAAGGUGACAAAGCCGACAGCGAUGGCCCAGGGACGUGUGGCUCAUAUGAUUGAGUGGCAGAGCUGGGGCAUGCAGACAGUGGGCGUGGGGGGCUACCCUGCAGGACGGACCUCCAGCCUGCACCUCCAACGUGAGCGCAAGCUGGAGAAUGACGCAUACAGUGAUCUAAGUGACGGAGAGAAGGAGGCUCGCUUCGCUGCAGGAGUGCUUCAGCAGUUUGCCAUCUCCGAGGCGACUUUGUUGGCCUGGACCUCUAUGGAUGGAGAGAGCACAAGCAUUGAAUCUAACCAGGGGAGUGUGGCCCACCUGAGCGAAGCCAACCAGGAGAGCAUCACCAGCCGAGACCAGAUAGUGCACCAUUCCUCUGCAGAGGUGUGGCCUCACAAUUACGUCUCCCAGGGUCUUUACUGCCUUUCUUCCUCUGAUGCUUGGGAGCCGAUCAGUAAUGAGCAGUCAGGUGUGGCCUCUCCCGCCGCUGGCUCUUAUGUCAUGGCAGUGGGGACUGAGGGUGGAUAUGAACCAAAUGCAGCAGCACACUUCCUGUCCCAACAGCAGCAGCAGCAGCAGUAUCAGAGCCAGUUACAGCAGAUCCAGCACCUGCACCAGAUUCAGCAACAACAGCUAAUGCAGUAUCAACAACAACAGAUGCUGGAACAAAGACUACACAGUGCAACUCAUUCUUUACAAGCUACUCCGAACAGCACUGUCCACAGUCUGCCUUCUCGUACUCACCCGCCAUUGGUGGAUCUGUGGGGGGCGGGGCAUACAGAAACAUAUCAGGCAGACAUGGUUGGCUACAUGGGCAUACCUGUGGGUGUAGAGGGACAUCUAACAGAGGAGAUGAUGACCGACCACUCACCAUUGCUGGAAGCCCAGGAGGAGGAAGAGAUCAAUGAGAUAGACAUAACGUUAUGUAUGGAACCAGUGACAUUAAUUCCAUCCCCAGUGACACAGAGAGAGGAAGUGACCUCAACAGGAGGUAGCAGUCCAGGUCAAGCCCCUGGAGAACCAUUUAAAGAGCGUAAGGCUUCUGAUGUCUCACCGUCUGUAAUUGAGGAGCUGGAAGAGAAGGAGGAGGCAGAAUCCUCACAUGUAGACGUCACAGCAGCCAACUAAGUGACAAGAGUGAGACUUGGGCUGGUUUUGACAGACAUUUCAAUCAGCAUUAUCUAACAAUAUCAACUCCUUUUUCAGGAAUCAAACAACAUUGUGAUGGAGUUCAAGUGACUUCUCAAACCCAAAAUGAAAACAGCAGAUCUGAAAGUUUAUGCACUGCUUACGUACGUGAACGCUGCUGUUUUUUUUUUUUGUAAGCCUUAUAUUUUGGAUGUUUGAAAGAGGAAGGCAGAGAAUGGGAGUGAGAAAUCCAUGGCAAGGGGGGAGGAGGAAAGAAUGAAAAAAAAAUCAGACAUGAAUGGAGCGAUAGAGAUUGAGGUAUAUGGAAUUUAGGAAGAUGAAUAUGAAGAAGAUUCAGAUAAAUAUUUGCAUGCUUUUACAAGGAGUGGUGACAGUCUUUUCUCAAAAUAAAGA